AUGCUUAACUGCAAGCCGGCGCCCACCCCCGUCGACUCGAAGGCGAAGGUCUCUGCUCUCGAGGGGUCUCUUGCGUCCGAUGGAGCGUGUUAUCGCUCUAUUGUCGGUGCUUUACAGUACCUGACGCUGACUCGCCCCGACCUGCAGUACACUGUCCAGCAGGUGUGCCUCCAUAUGCACGCCCCGCGUGACUCUCACUGGACUCUGGUGAAGCGUAUUCUCCAUUACAUACGCGGCACCAUGUCCUUGGGACUCACCCUGACGGCCUCCGCUUCCACCGACCUCGUGGCCUACUCGGAUGCCGACUGGGCUGGCUGCCCCGACACGCGACGCUCUACGUCAGGCUACUGCGUCUACCUUGGGCCCUCGUUGAUCUCUUGGUCAUCGAAGCGGCAGCCCACGGUCUCCCGCUCCAGCGCCGAGGCAGAGUAUCGCGCUGUGGCUAAUGUCAUGGCCAAGUGCUCUUGGAUACGUCAGCUGCUCCAGGAGUUGCUUUGUGAUGUUCACAAGGCCACUCUUGUCUACUGCGAUAACGUCAGCGCGGUCUACCUCUCCGCCAACCCGGAAACUCCUCAAUCCAACAUGGGGUGUAUGGAAAGGAAUUGA